AUGAUUCCAAGAAUUUUGUCAAUGGCUGACCCUGAAAGAGUCAAAGGAGGUAAAGCUUUAGAAACACCAGGAACCGAAGAGAAGGAAACACAGAAAAAGGACAAGGCAAAAAAGGAAAAAAAGAGAUGUGGUCAGUGUYCCAUUGUCCAAGGUGAUAAAAAAGGAGGAAGAAAAUUGCCAGCUGCCAAAACCCCCUGUUUGAAUUCCUCAUUUUUAACCCUGCAGAGUGGUGUGGUUUACCAGGACAAAAACGCCACGGCUCAGCGAAUAUCAUCAGCGAGGCUCCACAAAAUUAAAGAGCUGAAGAAUGAAAUCUUUGACUUGCAAAGAAAAAUYGAAGCAUCGAGCUUGGAAAACCAGGCUUUGAAGGAGCUCAACCGCCGGCACGCGAAGGCCAUCGACAGAUACAACAACGCCGAGAGCCACUUGCAGGAGCUUCUAGCAGGUCACCGGAAUGAGUUGAAAGGUUUAAGAAAACUCUUGAAGAUGUCUCAGGAGGCUGAGAAAAAGACAGCCAGGGAGCUCAAAAGAGUUGAAGCAGAGCUGCGGAAAACUAAAGGGGAUUUGAAGACCUUGGCUGUGCUGUCAGAAGACAAAGCUCUUGCAGAGAGGGAGGAACUGAAUCAUAGAUUGUCAGUUCUUAACAAAGUGUUGGAAGCAAAGGAUGAGAGGAUACUGAAUCUGGAAAAGCAGCUGAAGCUGAACAACAGCAUCUUCAAUCAUCAGCUGGCAAGYGAGAGUAAAAAACUUCUGGAAGCUGGGAUAAUCACAAAGAACUUGAUCAUGGAAAUUAACUCGGUUCACCAAAAAAUUAAGGAAAAGGAUCGGCAACUUUACAUAAAGAAUAUUUAUGCAAAUCGGAUGCCUAAGGCCCUGAGGGACAGAAUUGAUUGGAUACCUAAUGAMCAAAGUCUGAGAGUAGACAGAUCAGUACAAGUAGAUAAAGAGAGUUUUAGAGAACUGCUGCUGUCACAGCACCAGGAGACAGAAAAAGAUCCAAUCCAGCUAAAAAAGGAGAAAAAAUCUUCAGAAGAUAAGGGUGGAGAAGCUAAAGCAAAGGAAGUAUGCUCAGAUGCCCAGUGUAAAAAAGAAAAGCAACCAGCCAAGAAAAUACCAAUACCAGAAACUUCUACCAGGACACACCAAGAGGGCAAACUACUGAUGGAAGAACACAUUGUUUCAGAAUUCAUGAAAGAAAUGGAAAAACAGACAGAAGUUCUUAAACAGGAGUUGAAAAAUCUGUUGAAAACUGAACAAAAAGCCCAAAGYGACAGAGCAAAAGACAACAAUCAAGAGGGAGGUUCAGGGGAAGAAGCUGAAAAAGAAGYGAAAAAAACAGAUGAGCAGCAAAAAACGAAAAUCAGGAGUGAAAAUGCAAUGCCAGACAAWGACCCUGCUAGGCCGAAAAAAAAAUACAGCUUCUCAGAAACCACUGAGAACUUGCAUCAGGGGCUUCACACAUCACCUGCCAAAUCCAAAGCAGGCGAUCUGUGCAGCCAGAAACAGGCAGACCAGAGCAGCAGCGACCCCACUGUAUCCAGAGGGAAAAUUUCUUUUGGGGUCUAUGAACCAUCUUUUGGUCAAGUUCCCCUGGCCAGGCAGAAGGAUGGAGCCUCUGGAGCGCAGAGCUGCAGCCACCAGACACUUGCUGAGAGGAGAAAAUACCUGCUGAAAGAGCUCUUUGGAGAGGACUCUUGGCAAGAAGACAACCCUUCGAGUUGCAGCACCAGAGGAAUGGAGAGAAGUGAGGGAUGCAGGGUGGCACAAAGCAAAUUCCAAACUCCGUGA